UCUGCCCCAGAUCACGUUUGCCGCUAGCAGCCAACCAGUCGGGCCCGAGUCCGCGAGCAAGACGCGAUUGGGGGCGCGUGAGCUCGGCCCCGCGGUACCCCGUCCGGGUCCCCCCCCACCGCCCGGGCCCGAGGCGGUGUAUCCUGCCCUCCCCGGCCACCCACCCUUCGUGGAAGCGGAGCGGCGGCCUCGCUGCAACGCAGAGGCGAAAUGUAGCCGGCCGGGUGUCGCGGCUGGACGCUUGCCUCGGUUUGGGGUGUGGGGGGGCACGCCGGGGGCCAAGAGGGACUGCCGAGGAAGAGGAGUGAUGAGAAGAGGGGGAACCCUGCACCCCCCGAGAGCACGGGUCCCCGCUGCCAAUCGCCAGGUGCCCCCCUUCCUCCCGAGAGAAGGGCAGGUGUUCCACACAGAUUCUUGUGACUUUAAGGACCAGGAAUUUGGGGAGGUACGAGGUCUUCCCAAGAAAGAAGGAAAUCUCUCUUGGAAAGGUGAAAGACAGCAGACACUGCCUGUGAGCCAGCAGAGCCUGAGGGGCUAUGGGAGGCUGAAGGAGCUGCAGGCCCAGGACAGGGCCGCCUUCUGAAAGACUUAAACUCCAGCUUACUUUUCAUGAAAGACGGGCUAUCUCAGAGGGCACCCCACACUUGGCUGGGCUCUUCUACUUUGGAUGCCCCCCUGCUCUGAGGAGCCUGCUGUUGAGAACCAAAGAAGAGAAGAGGCGAGCUCAAAUUUCCCUAAGCAGCGCUGGCCGGCUGGAAUCAGGCGUCCGUCCCGCUAGUGCUGGGUGUGGAGUCUGGGGAGGACAUUCCUGUGUCCCUAUAGCUUGUGGCUUCGGUGCUUGAUGGGGCUGCCUGUUGGCCGAUCAGUUUUUGCAGCGCCUGGUAGGAGAGGAGAGCCGUGGGAAGAGGUCCUGUGGCACCCAAGCCUGGGUGCACCCCAAGACUAAGUUCUUUCCCAAGUUAGAGAGAAAGCAUAGAAAAGAAAAAGAGGAAAACUUCCCCAUCAACUCCUCCCUUCCCGUCAUGUCCUCUAAGCCAGAGCCGAAGGACGUCCACCAGCUAAAUGGGACUGGCCCUGGCUCUUUGGAUGGCCCUGGGCGAGAGCCUUUGGCUGGGACCUCAGAGUUCCUGGGGCCCGAUGGAGCUGGGGUGGAGGUGGUGGUGACUGAGUCUCGGGCUAAUGCCAAGGGGAUUCGGGAGGAGGACGCCCUUCUGGAGAACGGGAGCCAGAGCAAUGAAAGUGAUGAUGUCAGCACGGACCGGGGCCCCGCACCACCCUCCCCGCUCAAGGAGACCUCCUUUUCCAUCGGGCUGCAAGUGCUGUUUCCCUUCCUCCUGGCAGGGUUUGGGACUGUGGCUGCCGGCAUGGUGCUGGACAUCGUGCAGCACUGGGAAGUAUUCCAGAAGGUGACAGAAGUCUUCAUCCUGGUGCCUGCUCUGCUGGGGCUUAAGGGGAACCUGGAAAUGACCCUGGCUUCGAGGCUGUCCACUGCAGCCAACAUCGGGCACAUGGACACGCCCAAGGAGCUCUGGCGGAUGAUCACUGGGAACAUGGCCCUCAUCCAGGUGCAGGCCACAGUGGUGGGCUUCCUGGCAUCCAUCGCAGCCGUCAUCUUUGGCUGGAUCCCCGACGGCCACUUCAGUAUCCCGCACGCCUUCCUGCUCUGUGCCAGCAGCGUGGCCACAGCCUUCAUCGCCUCCCUGGUCCUGGGUAUGAUCAUGAUUGGAGUCAUCAUUGGCUCUCGCAAGAUUGGCAUCAACCCAGACAAUGUGGCCACGCCCAUUGCCGCCAGCCUGGGUGACCUCAUCACCUUGGCACUGCUCUCAGGCAUUAGCUGGGGACUCUACCUGGAGCAAGAUAACUGGCAAUACCUGUACCCCCUGGUGUGUAUCUUCUUCGUGGCCCUGCUGCCUGUCUGGGUGAUACUGGCCCGACGGAGCCCAGCCACAAGGGAGGUGCUGUACUCGGGCUGGGAGCCUGUCAUCAUUGCCAUGGCCAUCAGCAGUGUGGGAGGCCUCAUCUUGGACAAGACUGUCUCCGACCCCAACUUCGCAGGGAUGGCUGUCUUCACACCUGUGAUUAAUGGUGUUGGGGGCAAUCUGGUGGCAGUGCAGGCCAGCCGAAUUUCCACCUUCCUCCACAUGAAUGGGAUGCCAGGGGAGAACUCUGAGCAAGCCCCUCGCCGCUGCCCCAGUCCUUGUACCACCUUCUUCAGUCCUGAUGUGAAUUCUCGAUCGGCCCGGGUCCUCUUCCUCCUCGUGGUUCCGGGACACCUGGUGUUCCUCUACACCAUCAGCUGCAUGCAGGGUGGGCACACCACUCUCACACUCAUCUUCAUCGUCUUCUACAUGACAGCUGCACUGCUCCAGGUGCUGAUUCUCCUGUACAUCGCGGACUGGAUGGUGCACUGGAUGUGGGGCCGAGGCCUGGACCCAGACAACUUCUCCAUCCCGUACUUGACAGCUCUGGGGGACCUGCUUGGCACUGGGCUUCUAGCACUCAGCUUCCAUAUCCUCUGGCUCAUUGGGGACCGAGACUCAGAUGUCGGGGACUAGCCUGGUCACUCAACCUUCUCCCUAUUCCUUUGCACUUUCUCUUUGAAUUGUUUCUUCUGUUCCCCUUUCCUCCCCACCACUCCACACUCCCUCUUCUUUCUAAGACUUCACUUUGAUACCGAAUUCUCAUUAUUUUCAAUGGGAAUUUUUAUACAUUGAGCCAAGUUUGUAUAGCAAGAAUUCAGGCCGGACAGAUGAGAUCAGCAGUACAAGUAGAUUUCUGAGACAAUCACCAAGUGCAAUCCCAUGGUGGGUGCCUCCAGGUGGGGUGGACUGGGGCAGAGGUUUGCAUCUGGGAUCUGGGGCUGUUUGGUUUAGCUGUAGCAAACUCAGUCUUGGCCCUAAUGAGAAACACUUCGUGAGUGGGUUCUGGUUUUUUGGUUUUCUUUUCUUUUCUCUUUUUGGUUGAACAGAGAGAUAAAUAUAAGUCCCCUGCCCCACCCUCAUACACAGACUUUUUCUAGGAAUGGACCAACCUCAGGGCACCUGGCAGGAGACAGCUGCUCCUGGCCCCAUAUAGCCCUAGCCCUAGUCCCUGCCCUCUGGACCUAGGCCCUUCUGCUGUCACAAAGAGUGAGAGGGACUGACUGUUCAGAUUGUUCCUGUGCCGCUCACCCAGUUCUCCGAUAAACACCACUUCCCCUCCCGUUGAUCGUCUCCCAAUGAAUUGCCACAUCCAGGAAGAAAUGAGCAGUGGCCUGGCCUCUCUGUUGACCCAUGUCCACCCAUAGGUGUGCCAAGAUCUGCCUCCUCCUUGGGCCCAGAGAACUUUAUCUCUGUUCAGCCUUCAUCUCAAAUUGUCUCUAAGCACUACCUUCCCCAGAGCUUGCUGGGUGGGUUCCGAGAUCAGGAGUGGGACAUGGGCAUGGGAGAAUGUUUGGGAGGGUGAAGUCUCCCAAACCAAGGUGUUUUCACUGCUGCUCUUUCUCCUGAGGACAUCAUCACAUGGUCACCUGAGACCCUGUCACGUCCUAAAAUCACUCAUUCUUAUCAUGCCACAGAAGUUGGUUUUCCUCUCUCUUGGCUCCUGCCCACAUUCCUCACUCACUCAGCCAUCGGCAAAGACAGGGCCUUCCUGGGCGGGGCUCUUCUGCAAGCAUAGUCUGAAACACACACUGAGCAAUAUUUAUUGAGUGCCUACUACGUGUUAGGCACUGUGCCAGGCACUGACUGGCCAGUGGUAAGGGAAAUAGCCCUACCCUCACCUCAGUCCCAGAUACCAAGGUCACAUGCCCCUUUCAAUCUGGCAGAGCAAAUUCCCUCACCAGAUUUGCAUGUAUAUCACCCAACCAGGUUCGCCCUAGACCUCCCUCCUAGAUCCCACCUCUGUGCAUCUGACUAUAGCUAGAGCCCGCAACCCCGUGCUGAAGCAGUGUUCAUCCCCCAACCACCCUCCUCACCUUGCCUUCCCCCACCUCUCCUCACCAGCCACCCCAAAGAGGGUUUGGAACCAGGAGGCUGGACAUGAACCAGCUGCUGCCACAUUUUGCUGUCUGGCACAAGACGGGGAGAGUGUGAGAGCCUCCACCUCUUCCCCACACGUUGCUCUAAGCACAUGGGAAAUCUGUCCACACUCAUCUGUGUGCAAAUCUGUGUGCAUUUGGAUGCAGGUUUUUCUCACCUCUCUAUCUGCAGCCUCUUGCUUUUAUCCUCCCCUCUGUAGACUAGUGGGCCCGCCUCCGAGAGAAGGCGAGGCAGUGACCCUGUCUCUUACCAACACCUCACCUCAUCCCAACAACUUGCCCUGUACCUCCAGAGACUGUCUUUCCUCUCUCCCCAUUUCCACCAGGCCGCCUUCUGGAGUCUAGACCCUUAGAAUCAGAAGGAAUCGGAGGAUUACCUAGUUGGAGUUGUGUCCAGCAGCUAAUUAACACCAGCCUGGGCUUGUUUCUGCUCCUCCCUCAGGCCUUUCAGCUUGUCCUCCACCUCCAAACACAUCUGCACACAGACUCUUCUUGUACAGGCACCAAAACUGACUCCUCUGCCCCCGAGACCACGCCCUAUGAUCUCCAGUCAUGCUGCCCGCCACUCACCUCUGGAGUUCGGCCAGGCUGCCCUGGAGGACUCUGGAGUGUCCUCCUUGGCUGAAAAAGCAGGAAGGUAGGCGUGCCCCAAGCUCUGAGCAUGUGAGCAGAGGGAGGACUCGGGUGAGAGGGAAGGAAAAUGAAGGUAACUUUCAUGGAGGAUACAUUUCUUUUCUGCCGAUUGCACAAACUGCAUGUACUUUUGGCCAGGCUGCAAGGAGUGACAUUGGUUGACUCUUGUAUCCUUAAAAAGUUACAGAACUGUGUCUUAAGAGAAUUAUUUAUAGUUCCUAUAACUGAAUUGACAAAUGUCAACAUAACUGAUAAAUUAUAUUUGGUAAAAUAAAAAGGACAUUUAUUUAGGUGGUUGGUGGUUCCUGUGUGUCUCAUCAAAAAGUAGCUUCAGCUGUUUUAGGCCCCCUGCCUGGCGUCCCACCCCUUCCUCACUCAGAAGUGAAAAGGGGUCAAAUUGCAACAAGAAAUGAAAAAUCUCUUAACUAUGGAGGUGUGUGAUAAAAAACACACCUUAGUCAUUUAUUGGGAAACCCUCGAUGGUGCUCUGGGACCUAGUCCAGAAGCCAGUUCAGUGUUCUUGCUCUCCAUGCACAGACUCAGCCUCGGUUGCAGUAUUUUGCUUAGGCUGCAAGCAUCUACGGGUUAAGAUUCCCUCCCUGCAGAGGCUUGCAGUCUCGUUGGGUCAAAAUAAUAAAAGCUCAUAUUUGUUGAGAAUUUAUUACGGGCCUUCACUGCGCUUAACCCUGUAACCUCUGAGAAAUUUACAUUUGCCCACAAAGGGUUUGGAGUCAGACAGUCCUGGAUUCAAAUCCCAGCUCUCCUGCUUGUCUUUGUAUGACCUUGGACACAUCAUUUACCCUUUCUGAGCUUCAGUUUCUUCAUAUACUGACAUAUGUAUUAAUACAUAUUUCCUAGUGUUGGGAGACUUCAAUGAGAUAAUGCAUAUAAAACACUAAGCACAUAUGGAACCCCAAAAUGCUAGUCAUUAUUGAAGUAGGAGGGAGAUAAUGCUCAGCAGUAUCAAUGAGUAGGCCAUGUCAGUGCACUGACCACGAGGGUAGAUCCAGGGUGGCUAUGGGAGCAGGUAGAUGGAAAGGACACCUAACCAAGUCUUGAGGGUCAGGGAAGUCAGAGGAAGCCUAGAAGAACAGGAGUUAGCAGAAAGUGGGAGGGGAAAGCCAUCCUGUAGAGGAAAUAGUAAGAUAAGGAGGGAUGUGAGUCUGGUGUUUUGGGGAACUACAAAUACUUCCAUAUGACUGGAAUUUGGAGGGCAGAGGGUGACAUAACCUGAGACACACACACACACGUGUUCAUGACAAAGCACUUUUUCUGAGAUGGCAGAUAUGGAAGGGCAGAGUCACAGUGCAGCCCCACCUAGGUCUGUCUGACUUCAGAGCCUAUGCUGGGAAUUACUGCCCACCGAGGACACAGCCCCAACAGAAUGGAUGACAAUAUUAUGCAGCAUAUACUGAAUGCUGAGCAUUAUCUCAAUAAUCACCUUUUUUUUUUCAGUUUUUAUGAAGUAUGACAAAUAAAAUUGUAAGAUAUUUGAAGUGUA